GCGGUAUUCCCAUCACUAAAAACAACCAACACGUGUUUAGGAGUGAAACUAGCGCAGUUUUGGCUGAAUAUUCAAUUAUUUUUACUUAAAAAUCAUGGUUAAGGUAAAGCAGGAGCGUUCCGAAGAUGCCGACACCUCUGUCCAGGUGAGCGGAGAUGUGUCGAUCAAGGAGGAGGAGACCUAUGAUGACAAAUUGCUGUUCGUGAACUCCAUCGCCAAACCCAUGGCAGGUAAAAAACUGGCCAAAAAGUGCUACAAACUGGUAAAGAAGGCCAUGAAGCACAAAACCUUUUUGCGAAAUGGCCUCAAGGAUGUGCAGACCCGCAUACGCAAAGGCGAAACUGGAAUUUGCAUCUUUGCUGGCGAUGUGACUCCCGUGGAGAUUAUGUGCCACUUGCCGGCUGUUUGUGAAGAAAAGGGUAUUCCCUAUGCAUACACGCCAAGUAGGUCGGAUCUGGGAGCUGCCAUGGGCGUCAAGAGGGGUACAGUUGCCCUGCUGAUCCGUCAAAACGAUGACUACAAGGACCUGUACGAUGAGGUCAAGGAGGAGCUUUCCGGCUUGAAUAUUCCUGUCUAAUGCAAUAGAAUUAGUUUUGUCUGCUAAUUAAGAAUAUAGUUAAGUUUAAAACAAA